UAGCCCGAACGCGUAUAGCUGUAUCCUCUCUGCUCUCCGCACAGGCGCUCGAGAACAAAAACCCCCAAAACCCGCGUCGACCGGCGGCGGAAGAAGCAGCCGCCGCCGCAGGAGGCAGCAGUUCGCGCCGGCGGCAUGGGUGGGAGCAGCGCAAGCCCGUGCGAUCUGGACAGGGAGUUUGCGCCCCAAAUCGCGCAGCUCAUCGCCACCCCUCCGCUCCAAGCUGCGCAGGAAUACUACGAUGAGCUUAUACAGUCCAAGAAACAUGAUGGUAUAAGAGUGAACUUCAGCAGCAAGCAUGGGAAAGGUGUUUGCGCGAACAAGGACUUUGCAGAAGGGGAUCUUAUUCUAAAGGAUCAAAUAUUAGUUGGUUCUCAGCAUAGUCUUAACAAGAUUGAUUGCGCUGUCUGUAGUUAUUGCUUCCGAUUCAUUGGUUCUAUAGAGUUCCAGAUAGGACGAAGGCUGUAUUGGCAAAGCAUUGGUUUAAGCAGUGACUGCACUGAUAGGGGACAUUGCCAUGAGAGUGAUGUGGGUUCGAGUGCCAGUUCUUCUGGUGCAACAAAGGAAAACAGUAAUACUUUGCCAGAAGAGGUCUUAGUAUCACUUAUUACUGGUGACAAGUCACUGCCUUUCACAGACCAUUUUAGUUUGCCUCAAGUUGUUCCUUGUUGUGGAUGUGAGGAAGAACGCUACUGCAGCCAAUCAUGUGCUGAUUCCGACUGGGAAACUUAUCACUCUUUGCUGUGUACUGGAUCUAAGACUGAAUCAUCCCGGAAAUCUGCUCUUCAGAAAUUUGUAGAACAUGCAAAUGGGUCCAAUGAUAUUUUUCUGGUUGCUGCCAAGGUCAUCACUUUCACUCUGCUGAGGUACAAGAAACUAAAAAUUCAGUCUGAAUUUCAAAAAAACACAGAUGAAUCAAACUUUUCUUUGCUUAUGGAAGCAUGGAAGCCAAUUUCAAUGGGCUUCAAGAAGAGGUGGUGGGAUUCUGUUGCUUUGCCUGAGGAUGUUGAUUCUUGUGAUGAAGAUUCAUUUAGGCAGCAAAUUAGGGAUCUCGCAUUUACGUCAUUGCAACUUCUCAAGGACGCUAUUUUUGAUCCUGAGUGUGCACCCUUGUUCUCUCUCGAGGUGUAUGGCCAUAUAAUUGGCAUGUUUGAGCUGAACAAUCUUGGUUUGGUUGUUGCGUCUCCUAUCCAAGACUAUUUCAUACAUAUUGAUGAUCUUCCAGAUGAUAAGAAGGAGGAAGCUAAAAAGGUCACAAGGCCAUUCCUAGAUGCUUUAGGUGAAGAUUAUGCAGUUCCUUGCGAGGGAACUGCAUUCUUUCCUUUGCAAAGUUGCAUGAAUCAUUCUUGCUGUCCAAAUGCUAAAGCAUUUAAAAGAGAUGAGGAUAUUGAUGGUCAUGCAGUGAUACUUGCUCUGAAGCCUAUCAGAAAGGACGAUGAGAUUACCAUCUCCUACAUCGAUGAGGAUGUUCCGUACGAGGAGAGGCAGGCCCAGCUUGCAGAUUAUGGAUUCAUAUGUGCGUGCCCUAGGUGCCAAGAAGAAAAACCCUAUUGAACGAGACCAGACCCACAUUUUUGGAUGUUUUUUUUGUGAAAAUACUUUUGCUCUGCAUUAUGCAACUGAGGUUUUGAACUAGGAUAGGAUACGCAGCGAAAGCUGAUGCUGGAUUUUGCUCUGACAAUGUUGAAUGCUGCAGAAAGAUUUUGUUCCUAAUGUUCGAUUGAGACUUCUCCUUUUGAAUUUAAAUUCCGUAUGUUGAAAAUGUUUUGGUAAAGUGAAGGAAAAAAAACAACUUUCUGGAAUGG